AUCCACAGAUUGCCCAACAUAUUAGGGACGACAUUAAAAUGUACUUUGACAUAAACUGCUCAGGAGAUGUAACCGCUGACACGAUAUGGCAAGCCCAUAAGGCGGUCGUCAGGGGCUCGCUGAUCAAACAUGGCAGCUAUGCCAAAAAGCUAAGAAAGGCCACGUAUGAUACCCUUCUCCAGAAAAUCAUGGCCAUCACGCACGCCAAUAAACAAAACCCCACACAAACACAGUAUGACAAGCUUCGAACACUACAAACCCAGCUCAAUGAGGUGGAACUAAACAAAACCAAUCAUAUCUUACACAGAUACAGACACAAAUUUUUUGCGCAAG